AUGUCAAAUCAAGUGAAAAAUGAAGAAAAUCAUGAAAAAUUAUUCCAAGAUAUUGGUCAAGUGGUUGAUGACGAUGAUGAUGUUAAACCAACCGAAAUUGAAAGUUAUUGUGUCAAUUGCGGUGAAAAUGGAAUUACAAAAUUAUUAUUAACAAAGAUUCCUCACUGGAGAGAUAUUGUGAUUAUGAGCUUCAAUUGCGAGCAUUGCGGGUUCAGUAACAAUGAAGUUCAAUUUGCCGGUGCAAUAUCAGAAAAAGGAUGUACAUGCACAUUUACCAUUAAUAAUAAACAAGACUUAAAUCGUCAAUUAGUUAAAUCUGAAACAGCAUCAAUAAAACUUAAUGAGAUCGACCUGGAAAUUCCAGCUACAACAAAAAGAGGUUGUCUUACUACUAUAGAAGGAGUGAUUUCAAGUAUAAUUGAAGAUUUAUCAGUAGAACAACCU